AUGAGCUCUAGAAAUGCAAAGAGUCGUGCAAAUGAAAAAAUAAGCACCAAUACUUCAAAAAAAAGAGGCUGCAAGAGAAAAGAAGUGGUUGAUUCAUCUUUAAAUGAUCUUAAUGAUCCCUUGAGUAAUACUAAGCAGCAAAAAGUAGUAGUUAUAUCUUUGCCCUCAAAUGAUCGUGAUAAUAAUAUACCAAGUAAAAAUAAAAGAGGGCAUAAAAAGAAACAAGAAAGUGUUGUAUUUCAGCCAUUACAAAUAAUUACUGAGUUCUUGAAUGACGAUAUUUCUAAUAUUAUAGGUGAUAAUAUUUCUAACGAUGAUGUAGCUCAAGGCUUUACAACUACACAGGAAACAGAAUUUAAUAGUCAAAACACGUUAAUGCUUAAUUCAAGAGGCAAUAAUUGUAACCAAGAUGACUUUAUUUCUUCAAAUAGAAUAGCGUUUUCAAGGUUUAUGUCAAUACCUGAUUCAAGAGAAGAUAGUCUAAUUCUCUACAGAUCAAUGCUAGCUCUAGAAUCAAGAAAUGGAAUUGAUUUAAACAGAGCAUCGGAAAUAGUUUCGAAUUCAAGAGCGAAUAGUCAAUUCGACUAUGUUUUUUUAAAUAAUACUUCACGGUCUAGACCAAUAUCACCUUUAAGAUCAAGAAAUAAUACAAUGAAUAUUCUGAGAAAUGAUACUCAUGAUGUGGAGACUAACUCAAUCCAUCACUUUGAUAUAACCAAUAAAGUUGUUCCUUCCCCCUUUAAUGAAAUAAUGAUCUAUCAGCUUUGCUUAUGGUUAUAUGAGAACUCUAAAGUUCUGCAGCUAGCAAAUUAUAUGCAUUUGUCAAUACAAAUGCAAAUCAUAGAAGGAUCACAAUUUAUGUCUUCUAACUUUUCUAGACUAAAUACUAUGCCAAGUUAA